AUGUCCGUGAUGCUGCAAGCUCCCUCCCGCGCAUCGACUGCCUCUUCGUCUUCCUUCCAGCCUCUCUCCCGACAAAACACCAUGUCUUCCUAUGAUGGCUCGCGGUCCGCCCGCCAGUCCAAGCGGUAUUCCAUGUCCGCGCUGUACAUGUCCAUGUCAGCGAACGAUGGCGAGCUUGAAAUUGAGGAUGACCUAGCAAAGGAUACUGCGGGAGCUCAAGUCCAAGAUCUCUUCCCAGUCCAAGAAGAACUUUGUGCUCGAGAAAGAUGUGCGCUAUCUCGACUCGCGUAUCGCACUGCUUAUUCAGAACCGCAUGCACUCGAGGAGCAAAAUGAGGUCGCUAGCCACCUCGAGGAUGCCACCGAUAUGCAAGAGGGUGCCUUUCCCAACGACGACAAGACGCAAAAGUACGGGAACCUCAUGUUUCUUCUACAGUCUGAGCCUCGACACAUCGCGCACCUCUGCCGGCUCGUCUCCAUGUCUGAGAUCGAUUCGCUGCUACAGACCGUCAUGUUCACCAUUUACGGAAACCAGUAUGAGAGUAGAGAAGAACAUCUCCUCCUGACCAUGUUCCAGUCUGUUCUCACCUACCAAUUCGAUAACACGCCCGAAUACUCGUCGCUAUUGCGUGCCAAUACGCCCGUCUCCCGCAUGAUGACGACGUAUACCCGCCGAGGUCCUGGCCAGAGCUUCCUGAAGACCGUCUUGGCGGACAGAAUCAACAACUUGAUCGAACUCAAGGAGCUUGACCUGGAAAUUAACCCUCUUAAGGUUUACGAACGCAUGAUUGAGCAAAUUGAGGAGGAUACUGGUAGCUUGCCGCCUUCACUACCCAAGGGCAUUACGGGCGAGCAAGCCGCUGAGAACCCACAAGUCCAAGCCAUCAUUGAGCCGCGUCUGACGAUGCUGACGGAGAUUGCUAACAACUUCCUCACGACCAUCAUCGAUGGACUCGAGGAGGCGCCGUACGGCAUCCGCUGGAUCUGCAAGCAGAUUCGAAGUCUAACGAAGCGGAAGUACCCUGACGCCAAUGACCAGGUCAUCUGUACGCUCAUAGGAGGGUUCUUCUUCCUUCGGUUUAUCAACCCGGCCAUCGUGACGCCCAAGUCGUACAUGCUCAUCGACGGACAGCCAGCGGAGCGGCCAAGGAGGACACUGACAUACAUCGCCAAGAUGUUGCAAAACCUUGCUAACAAGCCUUCGUACGCCAAGGGAGCCGUACAUGUCCAAGCUCCAGCCGUUCAUCCAGGCAAACAAAGAUCGCGUCAAUAA